AUGGACUCGAUAUUCUCGACCUCGGAAGGCCAUUCACCCCCUUUGCAGUUCACCAUGGCCAAGUCCAUCUUUUGGGUCAUCUUCAUGACCCUUUGCAUCAAUUCAUGUCAAACUCAAGAUAUUCCCAACCAGCUACCAAUCGCCGGUUCAGCAGAUCCUGUUGCCAGCCCACAGCCUCUCAAACUUACCUGUAGUGGCUCCUGCAACGAGAUUUCUCUUGACGAUAUCAUCCCCUCCCGUGACUCCAAGGGCGACGUCAAGUGUUGUCCAGCCGGCACCUUUUUCAACGGCGUCAAUUGCGCGGCCAAACCCACUACAGUCUGUCCCCCAAACACCAAGCUUGAAGCUGGGGCAUGCGUCUCAGACCAGAAGCCAUCUUGCCCCGCGGGCACGGUGCUGCAGGAAGGAAAAUGUGUUUCUACCACUGAACCAAGCUGCUUAUCUGGGGCUCGAUUUGAUGGCCACAGUUGCAUUUCUAGUCAACCCCCUUCCUGUGAGCCUGGCUUUGAGUUCAACGGCGCCUCUUGCAUUUCUGUCGGACGGCAGGUCUGCGACCCUGGGUACACGCUCCUAGGCAAAUUGUGUGUCCAUAACCUGCCUCCAAGCUGUCCUAGCGGUGAGAAGCUGGAAGAAGGAUCUUGCACUCAUUCCCAGCCACCCUCAUGCCCAGACUCAAUGACACUUGACGAUGGCAUUUGCACUCAAAAGCAGAGUCCAUCUUGUCCUUCUGGCUUUGCAUUUGAUGAGCAGAGCAAGAGCUGUUCUCACCAAGACGGGCCUAGAUGUCCCGCUGGAUCAACCUUCAGUGGCUGUGUCUGCAUCUCAGUCAAUGGAUCCCAGUGCAAGGAAGGUAUCUUCAAGGGAGGUGUCUGCCAGGACCCUGACCCCCCAAUGUGUCCCGGGAUAUCCAAAUUGGUCGAUGGCAUCUGUGUGACUCCUAUGGUCUGCCCAUCCGACCUCCAGAAGUCGAAAGAUCCAGUAUCACAAAAGGAGCAAUGCUGUUUGCCAGGGAUGACCUGGGAUGAGAGCAGUAAACUCUGUUUCAGCGCUCCCACCGGCUCAAACACAUGUCCCCAAGAGACUACUCUUCAAAACGGAAAAUGUGCCUUUGAUCCUGGAGAGGCAGAUUGUCCAGGCGGGUUCACAUUCAACGGUUAUAACUGUGGAUUCAAAAGUCCUCCGGGAUGUAUGGAUGGAGUUCCAAAGGGCGAUGUAUGUGUUUUGUCCGAAAAGCCAACUUUUCAAGCGGGUGCUUUCAACGGUACAGUCUGUCUUACGUCUGAUACUCCGACCUGUUCCAAUGGAGCUACUCUCUCGGGAGAAAGAUGCGUGUCCACGGUACCCCCGACAUGCGCAGAUCAGAUGAUUCUGAGUGGAAGUGCGUGUACCAAGACCAGCAGCCCCGUCUGUCCUCCAGGCUCAAGCAAUGUCGGUGGUCAGACCUGUGUAACUACAAGCACGCCCAUCUGUGUCACUGGAACUCUCAAGGACGGUCACUGUAUUGGUAAAUACACCAGCCUGCCUGGCGACGUUUACUUUUAA